CUUCCAUGAGAUCGUAAUUCACAAGGAGAUCGUCUUCUAAGUAUAAAAGAAGUGUUCCAAUACCUUGCUUUGGUUUAGAGUCUUGUAUCAGGAGAACAUGUUGCGCGGGGAGAUCUUCAUGCUUCUAAUUCGCUAAGUAUUUGGCACGAAAACGUUGUACAUUUUCUCUAGCUACCAGGAAAAUCGUUUUCCAAGUACAAAAGAAGUGUUCCAAUACCUUGCUUUGGUUUAGACUUUUGUAUCAGGAGAACAUGUUGCGCGAGGAGACCUUCAUGCUUCUAAUUUGCUAACUAUCUGCCACGAAAGCGUUGAACAUUUUCUCUAGCUACCAGGAAAAUCGUUUCCAAGUACAAAAGAAGUGUUCCAAUACCUUGCUUUGAUUUAGACUUUUGUAUCAGGAGAACAUGUUGCGCGGGGAGAUCUUCAUGCUUCUAAUUCGCUAAGUAUUUGGCACGAAAACGUUGUACAUUUUCUCUAGCUACCAGGAAAAUCGUUUUCCAAGUACAAAAGAAGUGUUCCAAUACCUUGCUUUGGUUUAGACUUUUGUAUCAGGAGAACAUGUUGCGCGAGGAGACCUUCAUGCUUCUAAUUUGCUAACUAUCUGCCACGAAAGCGUUGAACAUUUUCUCUAGCUACCAGGAAAAUCGUUUCCAAGUACAAAAGAAGUGUUCCAAUACCUUGCUUUGAUUUAGACUUUUGUAUCAGGAGAACAUGUUGCGCGGGGAGAUCUUCAUGCUUCUAAUUCGCUAAGUAUUUGGCACGAAAACGGUGUACACUUUCUCUAGCUACUAGGAAAACGUAAUCUAGGAGUAUAAGCUUAUAAAUAGUCGAUUAAACUUCCUUACCAGGAGAACCGGUUGAGUCAGGGGGUGUUUCUGCUCUACUCUCUGAUCUUUUCUUAGUUCAACAUUUUGUUUUUGUUUAAUGUAACUGUGUUACUUCAAGUUAAUUCAUUAAGUGUGUGUUACGAAGAUAUUGUCAGUUGUUUGUGGAUACCAGGGGAACAUAAUCCCUGAAGAGGGGCCUCUCUAAGCCCAAGGAAAAUGGGCCAACACUAUAAUUUGGUUUAAACUACUGUAUUGGGGAAAUAUAAUGUUGAGGAAGUGUUUAAUUAUUAGCUUUUGUGAGUUUCUAUUGAUUUGAAGAGUAUGAAAGAGCAUGAAAGGAUUGGGAGACCUUUAAAAGCCAUUAAAUUAGUGUAGACGCUUAUGUAGUGUAUUUAAAAGCACUAAGUCUUCAAAAAUUAAACGUUUUUAAGUGAGUAAGAAAGGUCCAUGCGAGUUUCUAGUCGUCUAGGCUCCAAUAGCUCCCGUGAACUUAAACAACCUACAAAGUCUCUCACAAAGCUUUAAAGACCCGCAUGAGUUUUUAGAGCCUCAAUUUUAAGAUUAUCCUUGCCAUGUGAGUUGCGUUCUAUCUAACAAUCUUAAUUUGCAACUUUUUAGAUGAUUAUAUAACCACUUUUUUAAUAUCUCUAAUUAUUGUUACCUACACACGCAAGGCAUACUUUAAUUUGUGUGAUUGCCAGAUAUUUUCUGAGCAACCUCAAUGGGCUAUGGCAGUAGGAUAACAAAUCAGAGCACUUUCACCACGUUUUCGUUAGUAUGUAGAGACAUUAUACAUACAAUCAGCACCGAGGAUGACACUGCGAAUAGCUGCAACCUUGUCCCCUCGUACACGUUCCACGCAUUUUAGUGCACUCCAUGUCGCAAAUUCGUUUAGGAUUCAGCGCGAGGGACGUUAUAAAGAAUGACCCGAAAAUUUGGGAUAACUUGGACAAGAUCAAAAAGUGGCUGGUCGAGGAGCCAAUACCGAACCUGCUCGACGAACAGAUCCUGAUUUUCCUCACCGCUGCCGGCCACGACCUACAAACAGCGAAGAACAUCAUCAAGUCGCACUACCACCUGAAGCAGACUCGUCCUGAGAUCUUCGACGGUCGCACCUUGGACGAGAAGAUGCGUCGCAACCUCAAAGCAGUUUUGACCGCCAAUCUGCCCGUAUACCACAACGACUCAAUCAUCUUUUUUUGGAAGAUGGUCGAGAAAAACGUCGACGACUACGACCAUAGAUGCAUGGCGUCGCUACUGACGAUGAACGUCGAUGCGUCCGUCUUUAACGGUCCCGUCAAAAGCGCAAUCUUCCUCCUCGAUGGGAAUGGGAUGACAUUCAAGCAUCUGAUGAAGAUGAAGCUUGAUUUGCUAAGGACGAUCUCAGAGUACAUCCAGAGCGGCUUUCCGAUGCGACUGGCGGGCAUUCACUUAAUCAAUUCGUCCUCUACUGUAAAGGCGCUUUUUAAAAUGCUAAGUCCCUUUAUUAAACCGGAAAUGGCAGGCUUGAUCCACUUCCACCGCAGCGGCAUGGACAUGGAGUUGUUCCACGAGGAGUGGAUACCGAAGCGAUGUCUUCCGAGAGAAUAUGGGGGCGAGUUGGAGUCGAUCGAGAUCUACCACCAUGCACUUGUAGAGCAGCUGGAGUCGCUCCAAUGGUUUUUUGACGCGGAACUUUCGCAAAGGUCCCAAAUGUAAACGAAUUUCUAUGUGAAUUGGUUCAAAAUAAAUCCUUUUACUGGCCUCCUUUAGA